AUGAAAAAAGCUCGAACAGGUGGAACGGAAGAGAUUAUCGACCAUCUCGAAGAGGAUAUCAAUCACGAUGACGAAGAUAAAAACUUUGAAAUUGAAGAACUCUAUAAAAAGAAGAAAAGCUAUUAUGAAAUAUUAGGAGUCAAAAGAAAUGCUACUCAAAAGGAAAUUACGGAAGCCUUUAGAAAAAAGUCUCGGAAAUGCCAUCCCGAUGCUCAACGAUUAACUUCUGAACAAAAGAAAAUUUUCAAACAAAAAGAAUUGGAAGAAUAUUUUGAAGAGAAACAAAAACAACUGAAUGAAGCCUAUGAAGUACUUUCUAAUGAAAGAAAGAGAGCACAAUAUGAUGUUCUUGGCAAGUGUAUCACAUCGUUGGUAUUAGCCGAUGACUCUGAGAAUGUUUCUUUUCAAGAAUUAAAAGAAAGAUAUAAAGAUUACAAGAGAGAACAACGAAGGCAAUUACGAGAUUCAAAAACACAAGGAGCAACCAGUGCUAAUUUAUCCAUGGAUAUAUCUGGAUCAUUUCUUAGUGAAGAAGACUUGGAAGAUGCAUAUAUUGAACAAGAUGGUCAAACCUAUCGUGUCAUUAUACCAAAAGUAUCUUUUACAAAUUCAUCCUUUUCUCAAACCUUUCAAACACCAAUUUCAAAAUUAGAUACACUGAUUUUUCAUGGAAAUGCUAAUUGUGAUCAAUUAAGUGCUGAAAAUAUUUCACAUACCAUUGCUGUACAAUGGAGACAUACAAUGGAUCCAACAAAAGAGGCCACACAGUUCGAUCUUGCUACUGCAUUUAGUACUCAGAAUCCAAAUGCUUUGACUUUGAUUGCCUCUGGAAGUACAAAAUUAUCCGAUUAUAGUUUUGGAUCAAUGAAAUGGAUUGGACAAUUCAAUGGUAUUAGUCCAACCUUUAUGAAUUGGUUAUCCAUUGCUGGUUUUCAAUUAGUUUACAAGAGACAAUUAUUUUCUGAUCAUAGUUUGUUUGGCUCUAUUCAUGUUAGUUUUCCUCAAGACAAUAAUGUUUCAUUUGUGUUAGAUAAGAACUUUGAACAUGAUGGAUCUUCUCUUUCAACAGAAUUGAGAUUGUCUCCAACAAACUCACACAUUUCUUGUGAAUUUAGAAGAAACGUUCCAGAAUGGAUACGUGCCUUGACCAAUUUGGGACGAAGUGUGCCAUCGAUACAUCAUGAAGAUCUUUCGAAUUCUCCUGUUGAAAUGGUGACUGAUGUGACUCUCACAACAAGUUCCGAGUAUGACAUUGGAAUGAACAUGAUGUUAGUCAAGACCAUUGGAGAUGAAACAGAGAUUGGAUUUGGUGUUGGAGCAAGUAAGGAAGAAGGAAUUCAAUUGAAAUUUAGUUUGAAACGAUCGGACAGACAUCAUUUCACUCUACCCAUUGUCUUGACUCAUUCCUUUAAUUGGAAAAUGUUACUCAUGGCAACUCUGACACCCAUUACAUGUUACACUUUACUUGAGAAUUUUGUAAUGAAUCCUUUAAUGAACUAUUGGAGAAGAAAAGAAACAAAAAGUAAGCGAAAAGAGAUCUAUCUUGCCACUCAACACAAACGACAAGUUGCUCUUCAAGAAUUGGAAAAGAUUCGAGAAAAAGCUUUACAAUCCAGAAAUGCAGAAGAAGAAGUGAAUGGUUUAAUUAUCAUUAAUGCAAAAUAUGGAGAUUUAGAACAUGUGGAUGAUGAUGUGAAUGAAUAUCCUUCAUGGAUUGAUUUAACAGAUCAACUUCAAUUCUUAGUGUCCAAUUCUAAAUUAUAUCUUCCAGAGUAUAGCAAGUCAAGAAUGGAAGGAAGUUUUGAUCCUGCACCUGGUUCUCCAAAAACUCUACUCGUUUGGUAUCGAUUCAGAGGAAAGACUCAUCGAGUGGAAAUUGAUGAUGAAGAAGAGUUGAAAAUUCCAUUGGUCGAAGAUGUGAUUGAUCCAUCACAAGAAGAGGAAUCCAACAAGAAGAAGAACUCUUCUCGUGGUUUCCAUCAUGGUGGUGGUGGUACAAGUGGUGUGGAUUCUUCACAACAACGUACAAGCUCUUCUUUUGAUGAGGAUGAGGAGGAUGAUGAUGAUGAUGAGGACUCUUAUGAAAGUGAUGAUUAA